AUGCCUCGACCAAACAUCACAGGCUUCGACCCCCAGCGCUUCGCGGCUUCGUCCGGUCAACCUAAGAACGAUCCAUGGGCACGAGCUGAGGCUUGGCGAUACACAGGUCCCUUCACACGCGGCAAGCGCUUCAGGAACUCUUUCCCAGGAUUCGGCACGGCCACGGUGCUGUUUGCGGGAUACUUGGUCUACGAGCAGAUGUUCAUGCAGAGCUCGCAUGGGCACGGCGAAGCACAUGGGGAGGGCGAGCAUUGA